AUGAGUGAAGGAUGGGAUUCCGUUACCCGCAUUGGCACCAAGCACCGUGCCGGUGCUGCUCCACGUGAGACCGUUGUUAAGGGCAAGAGCGCCUUGAACGCUGCGCAGCGCCAGGGUCUCAUCAUCGGAACUGAGAAGAAAUACGCCACUGGUAAUGCUGCCGCAAGAUCAGGUGCCCCCGAAGGUCAACAUCUGACAAAGGUCGACCGCAGCGAUGAUAUCGUCAAGCCCAAGACCGUCGGUCUCCAGGUUGCGGACGCCAUCAAGAAGCGCAGAACCGAGGAGGGCUACAAGAUGACACAGAAGGAGCUCGCCACCAAGUGCAACACCACCAUCACAAUCGUCCAGGACUUCGAGCGGGGUACAGCUGCGCCGGACCAGAAGGUCCUGAGCGCCAUGGAGCGUGUGCUCAACAUCAAGCUCAGAGGCGCAGAUAUCGGGAAAGAGAAGUUCCCCAAGAAGAAGUAA